AUGAUGGCCGUCGUCACGUAUACUGCUUAUGUAUUAGGGCUCAGUUGGAAUAUUCUGUUGAAUACAUGGCCAGAGUAUCGAGAACAUUGCCGGAAACCAUACCCUGAAAUCGGGUACCGCGCUAUGGGCAGAAUCGUCAAUUACUGUUUUGUGGUUAUUAUUCUUGCUGUGUGCCUUCUACCAAUAACAUUUCUCAAGUCACCACAGGAUUUCUGGUGGGCAGUCGUGAUCGCCAUGAUCACCACUUCUUGUGCAGUCGUACUGAUUAUUGUCGGCGCUUCGCUGGACUAUGGACUAUGUUCUGGUUAUACGUGA